AUGGCAAGGCGGUGGUGGCGAAUUAAGCUGAAGGAGGAGCUCGAGAAGCAGCACGAUCUCAAGGAGACGUACAAGGCUCGGCUCGAGAGCACGCAGGCGUAUCUCAGGUUCUGCCUUGAGGUCGCCCACGAGCACGGCUUCUUGCACCUCGCGUCCAGCUCCAACGACGACGACGAGUCGAGCUCCCCUCCCCACGACGCCGGAGACGAGCCAGCAACGGCCGCCGCCGACGACGACAACGGAGACGAAGAAGAUGGUGCAGAAGCACCGAUCUGCGACCCGCACUUCGCCGCCACCAGAGACCUCGCCGUGCAGCACGUCUGGUCCGUCUCUCCGGACGAGGUGCGUGAAACAUUGUUGAUUUAUUGCCCCUCACCACUGAGGUGCUCCACACACGAGCACAGGUCUUACGCCCGUGGUUCAUUGAUGACCCAACACAGAGGCAUUUACGGGGCUCACAUCCGUGGUUCAUUGGGCUAUGAGCUUACAUCAGCUAAUGGAUGUGCGCUUGAGUUCUUCCUCGCCGACCCGAGCCACGGCGAGGCGUUCUUCGCGCAGGAGCUCGAUGCGCUGUCGCGACAGCGUGACCUACACGAGGAGACACCGAUGGUUGUGCACCGCAACCUGAAGCCGAACAACGAGCUCCUGGAUGGCGAUUUGCGCGUGCGUGUCGCCAACUUCGGCCACGCCAGGUUCUUGCCGGAUGGUGGCACGAAGGUGCUCACUUGA